AUGAUCGAACAUCACGACGACGCUAUCGCGAAUCAGCGAUCUAGAUCAUUCGAGUGGAAUCCGGCAGAUUUGAUCCAGGCCCGUUCACAGAUCGACGACAAAACAACUUCAGACCAAUUCGCUCUGAUCGUGCUCAACCAGCCCCUCCAUUAUCUCGAUGUGACGCGGAGGUUGUGGGAGAACGCCCAAGUCCGCAUCGCGGCAGAUGGUGGGGCAAACGCCCUCUACGAGGCAGCCGGCCAGCACGGCGACUCAUGUUUCGAUGACCUCGCCAUGAUCAUCGGCGAUCUCGACUCCCUCACCCCUGCCGUACACUCGUACUACGCGUCCCAGAAGACCAGCGGCCCCCAGACGCUCGUCAUCCGCGACCCAGACCAGGAGUCCACCGACUUUGGCAAGGCGGUAGCCUACAUCCGCCAACACUAUCACACCACUACCAGCAUCCCCAACUCCCAUCCCCACCACCACCACGCCACUCCCAAACCCCUCGACAUCGUCGCCAUCGGCGGCCUGGGCGGGCGCGUCGACCAGGGCCUGAGCCAGCUGCACCACCUGUACCUGUUCCAGACCGACGCCCACUACGCCGACGGGCGCAUGUAUCUCUUCAGCGGGGAGAGCCUGACCUUCCUGCUCAAGGCGGGGCGGCACCGCAUCCGGGUGAGGGAGGAGGGCAGCGUGGUGUCUGGCGGUGGUGGCGGUGGGAAUGGUGGUGGGGAUGUGUUUGGCAAGCAUGUGGGGAUCCUGCCGGUGGGCGCGGCCAGUCGGAUUACCACGAGGGGGUUGGAGUGGGAUGUGCAGGAUUGGGAGACGCGGUUUGGGGGAAGGGUGAGCACGAGUAAUCAUGUCUUGCCGACGACGGAGGUGGUGGAGGUGGAGACUACGGAGGAGGUGCUGUUUACUAUUGCGUUGCGGCAUGCGUAA